CCCGGCCCCGCCCCGUGUCCCUCGGGCGCCGACAUGACGCGGAGGUGAGGCGGCGGCGGGGCCCGGAGCCGGCAUGUGGGCGCCGGGGGACGACAGCUCCGUGCGGGUGGCGGUCAGGAUCCGGCCGCAGCUGGCCAAGGAAAAGAUUGAAGGAUGCCACAUCUGCACGUCAGUGACACCUGGCGAGCCACAGGUUUUCCUGGGCAAGGACAAGGCCUUCACCUUCGACCAUGUGUUCGACCUGGAGUCCCAGCAGCAGCAGAUCUAUGCAAGCUGCAUCGAGAAGCUCAUCGAAGGCUGCUUCCAGGGCUAUAAUGCCACCGUGUUCGCCUACGGGCAGGCCCCCACGGCCCCUGCAGACAGGUGCAGGCAAGACCUACACCAUGGGCACCGGCUUUGACGUGAACAUUGCCGAGGAGGAGCAGGGUAUCAUCCCCCGAGCUGUGAGGCACCUCUUCAGGACCAUUGAGGACAAGAAGCACUCAGCUGUCAAGAGUGGGCUCCCUGCCCCCGAUUUCAAGGUCAAUGCCCAGUUCCUGGAGUUGUAUAAUGAGGAGGUCCUGGACCUUUUUGACACCACCCGUGACAUCGAUGCCAAGAAUAAGAAGUCCAACAUCAGAAUCCAUGAGGACUCCUCGGGCGGGAUCUGCACUGUGGGUGUGACCACAAGGACUGUGAACACAGAGUCGGAGAUGAUGCAGUGUCUGAAGCUUGGAGCUCUGUCCCGGACCACAGCCAGCACCCAGAUGAACGUGCAGAGCUCCCGCUCUCACGCCAUCUUCACUGUGCACCUAUGCCAGACGCGGCUGUGCACCCAGGCUGAGGAGAACACCCUGGACAACAAGGAGCUCUCCGAAUCCUCGCAGAUGAACGAGUUCGAGACGCUGACUGCCAAGUUCCACUUCGUGGACCUGGCGGGGUCUGAGCGGCUCAAGCGCACGGGGGCCACAGGCGAGAGGGCCCGAGAGGGCAUCUCCAUCAACUGCGGGCUGCUGGCCCUGGGCAAUGUCAUCAGUGCUCUGGGAGACAAGAGCAAGAGGGCCACUCACGUGCCCUACAGGGAUUCCAAGCUGACCCGGCUGCUGCAGGACUCCCUGGGCGGCAACAGCCAGACCAUCAUGAUAGCCUGCGUCAGCCCCUCCGACCGCGACUUCAUGGAGACGCUCAAUACACUAAAGUAUGCCAACCGCGCACGGAACAUCAAGAACAAGGUGGUGGUGAACCAGGACCGCGCUAGCCAGCAGGUCAACGCCCUCCGUGGAGAGAUUGCACGGUUGCAGAUGGAGCUCACCGAAUACCGCACUGGCAAACGGCUCAUCAACGAGGAUGGCGUGGAGAGCAUCAACGACAUGUUCCAGGAGAACGCCAUGCUGCAGACGGAGAACAGCAACCUGCGCGUGCGCAUCAAGGCCAUGCAGGAGACGCUGGACGCCCAGCGUGCCCGGCUCACGCAGCUGCUCAGCGAGCAGGCCGGCCAGGCACUGGCCCUGGCGGGUGAGGGCCAUGAGGAGGUCAGCGCCAUGAUCCACAGCUACAUCAAGGAGAUUGAGGACCUCAGGGCCAAGCUGCUGGAGAGCGAGGCUGUGAAUGAGAACCUGAGGAAGAGCCUGACGCGGGCCACUACCAGGUCUCCGUUCUUUGGGGGCCCAGCGGCCUUCUCACCGCUGCUCACCUCAGACAAGGAGACCAGUGAGGUCAUCGACCUGGCCAAGAAGGACCUGGAGAAGCUGAAGCGGAAGGAGCGGAGGAAGAAGAAAAGGCUGCAGAGACUUGAGGAAAGCAGUCAAGAAGAAAGAAGUGUAUCUGGGAAGGAGGACGUGGACACUGACCAGGAGAAGAGAGAUGAGAAGGGCAGCUCAGAGAAGGAGGCCCCCGAGAUGGACGUGGAGGACAGUCAGGAAGGGAGUGACCAUGAGGAUGAAGAGGAAGAUGAGGAAGAGGAGGACUUGGACUCGGAAGGGGGCGAGAGCUCUGAAGACUCAGACUCAGAGUCGGAUGAGAAAGCCAACUACCAGGCGGACCUGGCCAACAUCACCUGUGAAAUCGCCAUCAAGCAGAAGCUGAUUGACGAGCUGGAGAACAGCCAGAAGCGGCUGCAGACUCUCAAGCGGCAGUACGAGGAGAAGCUGCUAGUGCUGCAGCACAAGAUCCGCCACACACAGCUGGAGCGCGACCAGGUGCUGCAGAGUCUGGGCUCCGUGGAGACGAACUCGGAAGAGAAGGCCAAGAAGGUGAGGUCUGAGUACGAGAAGAAGCUGCAGGCCAUGAACAAGGAGCUGCAGCGGCUGCAGGCGGCACAGAAGGAGCAUGCACGGCUACUCAGGAGCCAGUCCCAGCAUGAGCGGCAGCUGCACAAGCUGCAGCAAGACGUGGCCGAGAUGAAGAAGACCAAGGUCCGCCUCAUGAAGCAAAUGAAGGAGGAGCAGGAGAAGGCCCGGCUGAAUGAAUCCAGAAGGAACCGAGAAAUUGCCCAGCUGAAGAAGGAUCAGCGUAAACGAGAUCAUCAGCUCCGGCUUCUGGAGGCGCAGAAGAGAAACCAGGAGGUGGUUCUGCGGCGCAAGACAGAAGAGGUGACGGCGCUGAGACGCCAGGUGCGGCCCAUGUCAGACAAGGUGGCAGGGAAGGUGUCCCGGAAGCCCAGCAUGACUGAGGCCCCUGCGCAGGAGGCGGGUCCAGGGGCAGCUGGAGAGCCUGGCACCCCAUCCAGAGCCCGGGUCCCUGUGGUGAGGGUGGCGGCUCUGCCCUCAGCCACAGCCAAUGGAGCCAGGAAGAGGCCACAGCACAAGGUCCCCGGCCGCUCCUUCGUGUCCAGGACAGCUCGUGCCAAGUGGCAGCUGCUGGAGCGCCGCGUGUCAGAUGUGGUCAUGCAGAAGAUGACCAUCUGCAGCAUGGAGGCUGACAUGGAGCGGCUGCUCACGCAACGAGAGGAGCUCACCAGACGGCGGGAGAAGCUGUCCAGGAGGCGGGAGCGGCUGACACAGGAGGGCGGCGUGGGCGAGAGGCAGGCAGUGCAGCUGGGCGAGGAGCUGGAGGCCCUCACAGCCAACAUUGACUACAUCAAUGACAGUAUCUCCGACUGCCAGGCCAACAUCAUGCAGAUGGAGGAGGCCAAGGAAGAAGGGGACACACUGGAUGUUGCUGCCAUUAUCAAUGCCUGCACUCUGACAGAGGCACGCUACCUGCUGGACCACUUCCUCUCCAUGGGCAUUAGCAAGGGCCUUCAAGCUGCCCAGAAGGAGGCCCAGAUCAAAGUUCUCGAGGGCCGUCUAAAGCAAACAGAAAUAACCAGCGCCACACAGAACCAGCUUCUGUUCCACAUGCUCAAGGAGAAGGCAGAGCUGAACCCCGAGCUGGAUGCGCUGCUGGGCCCCGCGCUGCAAGAUCUAGAUAGCGUGCCCUCCGAAAAUGCAGAGGACAGCACAGACGAAGAUGCUCCUCUGAACAGCCCGGGAGCUGAUGGCAGCUCACUGUCUUCAGACCUCAUGAAGCUUUGCGGGGAGGUGAAACCCAAAAGUAAGGCACGGAGGAGGACCACCACUCAGAUGGAGCUGCUCUAUGCUGACAGCGAGUCCGCUGAACCCCCCACUGGGGAUGCCCCAACAUCUGGCCCCCACGGACAGGAGCCACCAGCCCCUUCAGGGGAGCCUGAGACACCCGCUGGCCGCACCACUGGGCUGGGCAGCUUCUCCAGGCAGCCUUCUCUGUCAGAAAGGCGAGCUCCGGAACCUUCCCCAACAAGCAGAAGAAAGGCAUUGGAGAAGGUGGAGCGGGCCAAGGCCAAGGAGCAGAAGCACAGCUCAGACUCGGGGACCUCAGAGGCCAGUCUGUCGCCUCCUCCCUCCCCGCCAUGCCGGCCCCGAAAUGAGUUGAAUGUGUUUAACCGCCUCACCAUAUCCCAGGGAAGCACCUCCCUACAGCAGGAUAAGUCUGACGACAGUGACUCCUCGCUGUCGGAGGCUCACAGAUCCCCCAGAAGGGGCGUCAUCCAUCCAUUUCCCGCCACACGGGGGGGCGUGCGCCCCUCGGCCCUGCAAUGCAUCCACCUGGCCCAGGGCCACACCAAGGCUGUGCUCUGUGUGGAUGCCACAGAUGACUUGCUUUUCACUGGCUCCAAAGACCGCACCUGCAAGGUGUGGAACCUGGUCACGGGCCAGGAGAUCAUGUCCCUGGGCGGCCACCCUGGCAACGUGCUGUCCAUCAAGUACUGUGGGGACACCAGCCUGGUCUUCAGCGCAUCCACCUCCUACAUCAAGGUGUGGGACAUCCGGGACUCGGCCAAGUGCAUCCGCACACUCACGUCCUCAGGCCAGGUGAGCCUGGGGGACACAUGUUCUGUGGGUGGCAGCCGGGCAGCAGCCCUGCCCUCAGGAGAGAACCAGAUCAACCAGAUCGCCCUCAACCCCGCGGGCACCUUUCUCUACGCGGCCUCCGGCAACACUGUCAGGAUGUGGGACCUGAAGAGGUUCCAGUCCACGGGGAAGCUGACAGGACACUUGGGCCCUGUGAUGUGCCUCUCCGUGGACCAGGUGUCCAGCGGGCAGGACCUCAUCGUCACUGGCUCCAAGGACCAUUACGUUAAGAUGUUCGAGGUGGCUGAGGGGGCUCUGGGUGCCGUGAGCCCCACACACAACUUUGAGCCCCCCCACUAUGAUGGCAUCGAGGCCUUGGCCAUCCAGGGUGACCAGCUCUUCAGUGGCUCCCGGGACAAUGGGAUAAAGAAGUGGGACCUGGCGCAGAAAGACCUGCUUCAGCAAGUCCCGAACGCCCACAAGGACUGGGUGUGCGCCCUGGCAGUGCUACCCAGCCCCCCAGCCCUGCUCAGCGGCUGCCGCGGGGGCCUGCUGAAGCUCUGGGACGCCGACACCUGCUCCCUGCUGGGGGAGGUCCGUGCCCACGAUAGCCCCAUCAAUGCCAUCUGCCGCAACACCACCCACGUGUUCACUGCCGCUGAUGACCGCACAGUGAGGAUCUGGAAGGCCCGCAGCUCACAGGAAGGGCUGGCUGGCGACCCUGGUGAUGGGGAAGAGGCAGCUGGAACUAGCUGAGGAGGCCAUGCCCGCCUGCCUGCUGCAUCUUGUGACCCCUCCCUUCACAGAGACCUGUCCCUGUAUUUAUUGGGAACAAGCCCCCCCCCCCCCGGUGGCCCGUCCUGCAUCUGGCUGGCCCUGGGCUCCUCUUCCCCCUUUCCACCUCCCUCUGAACCCCAGGUCACUGUCAUCCUGUGCCUCUGUGGCCUCAGUGUUGCUCAUGCUGCCCUACCCACGCCCCCACCUGGCGUGUGCCAGCUCUGUGUCCUCUGUGCCCUCCCCGGGUGCCUAGCCCCCAGUGUCACAGCACCCCCACCCUGUACCGUGGGGAUUGUAUAUGUCUGGUAAAGAUUAUGAGUAGGGCAGCCUCCCCAACUGCAGAUGCUGCCUAGUGGGCUGCUUGAUGUCCAUCCACGUUUACUCAUUUGACCAAAGCUUUCCAGGCUGCACAUACUCCCCCUCCCAUGCACAGAACUAGAAUGGCUAGAAUACUGCAGCUUGUGUGGCCAGUUCCCCCGCCGCCGCCCCCCCGCCCCCCCCCCCCCCCCGCACACCUGGUGGAGGAGGCAUGGUGGGGCCUGGGGUGUGAGCAAAAGUAUAUUUUGAUCUAUUUUCCUAUGGAAUUGAUUCUAUGAUUACCUUUUAAUUUCUUCCUUUUUAAAAAAUUUAAUAGUGGAAUCUCCUCCCUCUUUUCUCUAAUUUUUUAUAUGCUGCUACAUAUAUUUUAAAGACUUUCCGUUGGCCAGCCCCCAUAGCUCUGAAGACGCCUCUUGCCGUCUGUAGUGGGGAACGUUCUUGUAAAUAAGUAGUAACCUGUAAAGAAACCAGGUCCUACACGAUUGCUGUAUGAAUUCCUAACUGCUGUAGAAUGGAUCUUGCCAGAGGAUGUAUAAUUUAUCUGUCCACGCAGAAUAUUCAUUUGUAAAUUCUGCAAGUUUGAGCAUGUGUCGAUGGUGUAACACUUGAAAGUACUGUCUUGUGAUCCCCCUACCCCCUGCCCCCAUACCUGGAAUAUCUGUAAAUGAUAGCUUAGCUAGGGCUUCAAUAAACCUGUCAAUAAAACCUGAUCAUUUU